CUCAGACUGCUCUGGGAUUCAAAGCCCCUCACCAUGUGUUGGUCCUGCCUUGUCUUUGUUCUACGUUCAAUUUACUGUAGUGUAGAGGUUCAGUCUAUUGGUUUUGGAACCCAACUGUCUAAAUUUAAAUCCAGGCUUUGCUUCUUAGCCUUUUGGCUCAAAAUCUUUUGUGUGUUUAUUGUAGGUACAAUUGUACAAUACAAUUGCAGGUGGGCCAAUAACUUGGGAGAAUUAAAUCAGAAUAAUGCAUAGUGAGCAUUUAGUAGAGCCUGAGACAGUAAAAGCACAAAGAUUAGCUAAUGUUAUCAUCAGCAGUGUUACUCCUUGCUCAAGUUGUUGCUUUCCUGGAAUGCUAUUUAAGUGGUAGCAGCUCCAGGAAAUUCCCCAGUUUCUCUGGCCUGCUCCGUGCAACUCUCCUGGAGCACCUCAUGUUUGGACUUUACGUCCCUUCUGAUUGGUAGGAUCGUAAACUUUUCUUCUGAGUCAAUUUGUCAGGGACUAUAUUACAUUUAUGAUCCUUCCCCACACAAAGUAUGUUGUAAAGCAUAUAACAGAUGUUUUGAAAAUACUUGGUAGGAUGAGUUGAGCCUUCUGGUGAAUUCCAAAUUUGUUAAGAAACAAAUGCUGUAACUGGCCGUGCGUCCCAGCCAGCAAAUCGUCCCAGCCGCGCCUCGGGCCAAGGUUUCAACAGACCUCACCAAAAUGCCAUCUCAAAUGGAACACGCCAUGGAAACCAUGAUGUUCACGUUUCACAAGUUUGCUGGGUAUAAAGGCUACUUAACAAAGGAGGACCUGAGAGUACUCAUGGAAAAGGAGUUCCCUGGAGUUUUGGAAAAUCAAAAAGACCCUCUGGCUGUGGACAAAAUAAUGAAGGACCUGGACCAGUGCCGAGACGGCAAAGUGGGCUUCCAGAGCUUCUUCUCGCUAAUUGCUGGGCUCACCAUCGCAUGCAAUGACUAUUUUGUAAUACACAUGAAGCAGAAGGGAAAGAAGUAGGCAACAUGAGCAACACUCCUGCCCGCCCAAUGAGAGUUCUCCUGAAGGAUCUCUAGGAAUCUGUCCCACAGCUUCCCCCUGUAUAAAGGAUUCCGUGAGCAGAUCGGGACCCUCAGAAAAUGUACAAAUAAAAUCCAACCCCCAUUUGAGAAGCAGAGAAAGAAAAGUCAGAUAAGCUUUUGAUUUUUAUAUUGCUUGCACCCUUACCCUCAAUAAACAAAUUCCUUCUUCAGUUCCUCAAAAAAAAAAAAAAA